AUGAUGGCGCCCCUCCCUCCCGUCAUGCCCGCCACCCUCCCGGCCCCCUGCCCGCGACGCGCACACACCCAGAUCGGCUUUGGCAUCUCGGUGACCCAGGGCUACGGACUGCUGGUCAUGCGGCAGCCCAAUGCCCCCAGCGGCUGGUCUGCCCCGCUGCCGCUCAAGGUGGACGGCUUCAGCAUGGGCGCUGUUAUGGGCUACAGCGAGCAGAAGUCUGUGGUGGUGCUGGGCAGCGAGGAGGACGUGGCCGUCUUCCUCAAGGACAAGCGGUCCCUGAAGAUGGGCCUGGACUUUGGCCUGUCCCUGGGCAAGAAGGUCAACCACAACGCGACAGUGGACUCUGAGACCACCAAAAAGGCGGCAGAGGGGGAGAGCAAGACGCGCGCCUUCACCAUCAGCAAGGGCUUCAUUGUGGACGUGAGCCUCAAGGGCACCAGCCUGGAGCACGACGUGGACGAUAUGGAGGCAGCCUACGGGGAGGGCACCACGCCCGCAGACGUGCUGCAGGGCAGUGUGCGCGCCCCCAAGCAGGCCCAGCUGCUGUAUAAUGUGCUGUCGCAGAUAGAGGCGCGCGUGGCGGCCUAG